AUGGUGGACCCAUCGCACACAGUGUUCCACAAGGACAAGGUCAUCCUUAGAACCAUUCCGAAAUUCCUGCCCAAAGUACCUACCUGGUUCCAUUGUAAGGAAGCAACAUACUUACCUGUGUUCUUCCCAAAAUCACACAAGGACAGCAAGCAGACAGUGCUGCACAUGCUGGAUGACUCAGCAUUUUUUUUCUCUCUCUCAGGUGUAGGUAAAAGCAGUUUGCUGUUACGCUUUGCGGAUAAUACUUUCUCAGGCAGCUACAUUACCACGAUUGGAGUGGAUUUUAAAAUCCGGACAGUUGAGAUUAAUGGAGAAAAGGUGAAGUUACAAAUAUGGGACACAGCUGGACAAGAGCGCUUCCGGACUAUCACAUCAACGUAUUACAGAGGGACGCAUGGGGUCAUUGUUGUCUAUGAUGUCACCAGUGCAGAAUCCUUUGUGAAUGUAAAGCGGUGGUUACAUGAAAUUAACCAGAAUUGUGAUGAUGUCUGCCGGAUACUGGUGGGAAAUAAGAAUGAUGACCCAGAGCGGAAGGUUGUGGAGACAGAAGAUGCCUAUAAAUUUGCUGGGCAGAUGGGGAUCCAACUGUUUGAAACCAGCGCCAAAGAAAACAUUAAUGUGGAAGAGAUGUUUAAUUGCAUUACAGAGCUGGUUCUGCGAGCAAAGAAAGAAAACUUAGCAAAGCAGCAACAGCAGCAACAGAAUGACUUGGUGAAGCUAACUAAGAACAGUAAACGGAAGAAGCGGUGCUGCUAAUACCCUUUACCUAAUGCAGAGACUCUGCUCUUACAGAUCAGCCUCUUCUAGACUUGGGCUACUUCACUGGGGCAGGCUUUGGGAGGACUUUCUCAAUUUUGUGCCGUUAUUUAAAGAUUUUCUCCAUGUUUUCUAUCAAGAGGCUCGGGCACCUGACCAUAUUAGUGCCAAGAAAGUAUUGGAUGGACUCUUGCCCCCUCACACCUCCCCUGCUCACUCCAGUGCGCCUUGUAGACUAAAAAGGACGUUGCCUACCAAGUGGACUGAUUAACCCAAGAGUUUGUACAUAAUGUAUAUUGCUUUAACCAGCCACUCCUCCCUCUUGUCACUUUGGGUUAUGCCUUCUUAAUAUCCACCAAUCAUGAACUGCAGAGUUAUCUUUUUAAAGAUAGAAUACGAAGUUCUUAACUCUAGUAGGCUCCAGGCUGGCAGCAAUUGCAGCUGGGACCUUGGGCUUCAUUUUGUUUGGGCUCCAGGCUGGCAACUGGUGCCCCUGGGGCCUUUGGCUUCACUUUGAGUUCCUGGCUGUUACUGGGGCUUUGACUUAAUUUUUCUAGGUCCCAGGGUUGCUGCUGGAGCCUGGGGUUUCACUUCACCCACCCCUGCGCUAGGGCCUUGGG